AUGCUAAUGCAGCUCCUGUGGUUGCAACCUUGCGGCUGGGACGAUGAAGUAUCCAGCACAAUCGCCGACAAAUGGGAAAACUACAUCCAACAACUGCCAAUGCUGAACGACUUCCGUGUGCCACGUUACGCUUUACUACCACAUGCUGUGAUUCAACUGCACACAUUCUCCGAUGCAUCCGAGUCGGCUUAUGGUGCAUGCACGUACGCUCGGUCCACCGAUUCCUAUGGGCACAUUGUUGUUAAUCUCUUGGCAUCGAAAUCCCGCGUUGCGCCGUUGAAACGCAUUACACUUCCACGACUGGAACUUUGUGCUGCUGAUCUCGCAACGAAAACUCCACACUAA